CCGAUUAUUUUCAAACUUCCACAUCUUUACGCUAUAUAUAGCCCUAUCAUGCACUGCGUGUAGAACCUUUGCAUUCUUCUAUCCAGGUUUCGGCUAGAGCUUUUUGGAUCAGAGAUUCGAAGUUCUACAAGAUGGCCCGUACAAAACAAACUGCUCGUAAAUCAACCGGAGGAAAAGCGCCCAGGAAGCAGCUUGCUACCAAGGCUGCUCGUAAGUCUGCGCCUACCACUGGUGGUGUAAAGAAGCCACAUCGUUAUCGUCCCGGUACUGUUGCUCUUCGUGAGAUUAGGAAAUACCAGAAGAGUACCGAGCUUCUGAUCAGGAAACUCCCCUUCCAGAGGUUGGUUCGUGAAAUUGCUCAGGAUUUCAAGACCGAUCUUCGUUUCCAGAGCCAUGCUGUUCUAGCUUUGCAAGAGGCCGCAGAGGCAUAUCUUGUUGGGCUCUUUGAAGACACUAAUUUGUGCGCCAUUCAUGCUAAGCGUGUGACUAUCAUGCCCAAAGAUAUCCAGCUGGCAAGAAGGAUUCGUGGUGAACGUGCUUGAGAUUCUAUGUCUGGUGAAAGGAAGGAUUCGUAGGUGCAGAUAAUCUUGUUACUCAGACUGAGAAACCUAUAGUUUGUUAGGGAGAAUAGCUUUUUCUGGGUUCUUGUGUUAAUUCUGAUAGGCGUAUGGUUCGUCAAAGGCUAAUUUUUCGAAUUUGGGAAUGUAAUUGAUUUUUCUUUGUUAUUUAUUUUUACCGUUUGAUUCCAUACUUUGGAAUUGUAUUGGACAACAUUCUGAUGCUAUUUAACGCAGUCUAAAAAUCUGGUUAUAUUAUUUGUUUGGAAUUUCUGUUUA